AUGGAGGAAGACGGUCGCGGACCGUUGUUCGAAGGCGUGGCACACACCAUCCUACCCAGCGACGAAAUCGAUUCGGAUAAGACCCAGGCGCUCAUCGAAGCUCUCCACACCAAUGGCGGCCGCUACCUGCCUGUCCGUUCUGGCGAUCAGCGAAUCAUGAACCUUGACGACCUCACGCAUAUCAUUUCUACGACCAUCGACUUCCCGGAGUACACUGCAGCGCUCGAGCACGGUAUCAGCGUGGUAAAGCCCUCAUGGGUAACUGCCAGCGUACAGAAGAGGAAGCAAGCGCAGCCGCGCCAACAUAGCCCAGAUCCGAGCCAGUACUUUCAACAUGUCGUCCUCACUUGCGCGUCACUGCCCGAAGGCGACCAGGAUGCGAUCAUUGCGGGCGUCAUCGCGCUGGGAGGGCAGUACAGCAGUCCACUAAGCAAGCUGGUCACACACAUUGUUACGGAAGAUAUGGAACACCCAAAAUGUCACAUCGCGCAAGACAGAGACCUGCCGUGUAAGAUCGUGUUGCCGCACUGGUUCGAUGACUGCUUGAAGCUGGGCAGGUUGAUCAGUGAGCGGCCAUAUCUGCACCCUGAUCCGGAGUACCUGCGCAAAGACAAUACAACCAAGGUGCGCGAUUCCAAUACUGGAACACUGGAUGGCGCGACCGUGGCCAGUCCACCUAGUGGCACGCCGCUGUACUCCCCACCUUGCUCGCCAUCAGAGUCACGAAAGAAUCUCAACGCGCUGGUAAGCAGGAAGGUCAAGCUCGGAGAGGACUUGCAGCUCAGUUCUCGACUUCGCGUGACUCUGGAAGACCUCAUCAACCACGCAGGCGCGUCGACAACCGACGAUGUGGAAGAAGCGCAUGUCUAUGUCGGCAACUACCGAGAUGGUGAGGACUACGUGAAAGCCUCGCGUGCUGGCCUAGAGGUUGGCAACCUGUCCUGGCUGUACCACGUCAUCAACCGCAACAAAUACGCAUCACCGCAGGCCAAGCUGCUGCACUACCCAAUCCCUCGCAAUGGCCUGCCAGGGUUCGCAGACAUGCGUAUCAGUAUCUCCAACUACACGGGCGACGCACGCAUUUACCUCGAGAAUCUCAUCCGAUACACUGGAGCAGAGUUUACGAAGACGAUGAAGCAAGACAAUACCCACUUGAUCACCGCUCACACCAAUAGUGAGAAGUGCGAAGCGGCGCAAGAAUGGCAAAUUAACAUCGUCAACCACAUUUGGCUGGAAGAGAGCUUUGCCAAAUGUGCUGUCCAGCCUCUGACCAACCCCAGGUACACCCACUUCCCAGCAAGGACAAACCUGGGCGAGGUUGCCGGUCAGACAAGGUUUGACAUGAAAAAGGUCGAGCAGAUGUUCUUCGCGAAGCCACGAGAAUCGCCACAGAAGGCUGUGCGGUCGCCAGACGCUACUGCGAAGUCGAGCAAGCCCGCAUCGUCAGUUGGUGCCGUGCUUGCAGGGUCCAAGAAUAACAGGACAGACAUGCCAUCACCCGCUCAGGUUGCCAAUGACACCGGCUUCGAUGAGCCUUCCACAAUCAAGAAAGGCCCAGGAAGGCCUCGUAAGUCAGUCUCGACCCCUCGUUUUCGGGAGGAUGAGAAGGAGAACGAGUCACCUCUGCCAAGCACCGGUCGCGCUUCCAAGAUCAAGGCUAGUGAAGCAAUCCACGGACACGCCGAUGACAUCGCACUGUUCCAGAAGGAGAUGAAGCGGAAGGGUGGUGUUACGCACGGCACAGGGCGGCGGCCAAGCCAGACAGACCUCGUCUCGUCACCCAUCCCGGCGCCGAAGCCACGCAAGAAACGUACGUCCGACGAAGCCACCUACGACGCAACUAAGCUGGGCAGCGAUCUCAGUGAUGGCGAGACUCAAGCUCAAGACCUGAACACCAAGGCCGCGAAGAAGGCUAAGCUUACCGCUCCUGCAGAACUGCCGCCGGUGCGCUACAGGAUGAUGGUGACUGGUGAUGAGCGCUGGAUGAGCAGCAAGAGGCAGGAGGACGCCGACCGUCGUUCGCUCCGUCAAUUGGGCGUGCUCGUUACGAUCGAUCCAAGGGAUGUCCAGAUCCUGGUCGCACCACAGAUCAAGCGGACGCGCAAAUUCGUCUCUGCUCUCGCCUGCGCUCCUACAGUGGUGAACACAUCCUACCUCGACCACGCCUUGAACGAGAACGGGUUGAUAGAAGACCCCGAGCUCCUCCAAGACGACGAGAAUGAAGAGCGCUUCGGCUUCACGCUCGCUGACGCCCUCGAGCGCGCAAAGAUCAACAAUCGCAAACUCUUCCACGGCUGGACCAUCUACGUCACCCGCGAUGUUCCUGGCGGUUUCGACACGUACAAAGACAUCGUCGAGCUGAACGGCGGCAGCGCGGUAGUCUACGGUGGCCGGAAAGGUCUUGAGCUCGCGAAGCGCGCACAAGACGACUCUGACGCUGGACCGGAAGUAAAGCACCAAGGCGGCAAGGAGGAAUUUGGAUGCGUGUAUCUGGUCGCUGGUGAGUCGGCAGCGGAAAAGCAUCUGUCGAAGCUUUUCAGAGAGUUGGCGGCGAACCAGGGACUGGAGGCGAGGGUGGUGAAGCAUGACUGGUUGUUGAAUACGGCGAUGAGUCAGGAGGUGGUUUGGGAUGAGGAGAGGUAUGCUCUGAAAGAUUGA